CUUCUCUCCAUCAUUGUUUCCCCAUUCUCAUUCUACUUUUGUGCUCUGCUUCACUUUUUCUUCAUUUCUCUCUCUUCACCACAAUGCCCGGAGUUGCUUUUUCAUCUGUUCCUUCCUCCGAUCUAGGAGUCUUCUUCUCCGACUUCACGGCCUACUCCCGUCGUAUCUCAGCCUCGCUCUCAUCCUCCAGUUCUACCCCUCCCUCCUCCUCCUCCUCCUUUCGAUGUUCCAUCCCAGUGAAAUUGAAAUUCAGAUCGCUACGCUCUCAUAAGCUAUCUCCUAUUUGUUGUAAUUCUAAUUCUACCUCCCGAUCCGGCCUGGGGGAUCCCGAUCUUGAGUUUCUCCAAGCUUCAGUCCUCGUUGCAGAAACAGGUAUGCAUUACAAAAUGCUGAGACAUGGAUUCCGAGAAGAUUCCAUCUGGCAAGCUUCUAGGCAUAUUCCUCCUUUUGCUGUGCGAGCCAGUGAAUCCAGGGUUGGGGUUCUCCCUAUUGGACUUGGCUUCCUCCGCCAAUUCAAGCACCCCACUAUUUUUCUCAAGAUCUCUUGUGAUGGCGACUACUUGCUUCCCCUUAUUGUUGGUGAUGCUGCUGUUGAGAAACUAUUAGAUGUACCUCCACCCCAAGGCCACAUUGAGGAAUCCCCUGAUCAGUUCCACUUUGUGUCUGCUCUUGUCGACAAACUUGGGCAUCAAGUUAAAAUGGUGAAGCUUACUAGUAGAGUAUUCAACACUUACUAUGCAAGCCUAUAUCUCGGCAAGCCAGGAGACGAUGAUGUUAUAGGCAUUGAUUCACGGCCAUCAGACGCCAUCAACGUUGCAAGAGCAUGCCAGGCUCCGAUAUAUGUGAAUAAAACAAUAGUCCUGGAAGAUGCUAUCAAGAUUGGUUAUGGAGGCAGACCGCAGAGCACAAAGCCCAUUUUCAAUGUUAUCCUUGACAGCGCUCCAGAUGGACCAGAUCCCAUAUCGGAGGAGCUUAAACUAGUGAGGAAUAUGGAUUUGGCGUCUAAAGAGGAAAGGUACAUCGAUGCAGCGAUGUGGAGAGACAAAUUGAAGAAGCUUCAGAACUCGAGCUCAGUUGUACACGAGGGUUUAGCAACUCCUGAGAGCUACGACUAGGGAAAGAAUAGGAGGAACGAAAGGAAAGGAGUGUAGAUAAGGCUUGGGUCAAAAGAAUGCAAGUGUGAUGAAAAGGGUAUGGAGAGGACUCAGGAGAAAUAUAAGAUGCGCUUAGAUUGAUGAGUAUCCCUAUCGCAUGUAGUAAUUUUAGAGUAAGGGCGUUGAUUGAUGGUAUUAUGAGGAAAGUACCAAAGACAAAAUGAAUAUCCGAGCGAAAGUGUAAAAAAUGUAAAUGGAAGAAGACAAUGAAUGCAUUUCUUUUUCUUUUCUUUUCAGUGUAUGUGAGUUUCUAAAUGAAUUGGUAAAUAAAAUGUAUGAAGAGAAGCAGACAACAAUACACAAUCCACCUAAAAUACUGCAAUGUUAGGUAGAUUGUGUGGCCGAAUCAUAACAAGAAAGACAUGUCAUCAGCAUGCAGUGUAAGCCUAUUAUAUUCAUUGUUUUCUUUGGGAUUUGGUACGGCAGCUCAAUUCCGACCUCUUUUUCCGGUUACUUUCUGCUGCACCUAACUCAACAACUUGAUCGCAUGCCCUCUCAUUACUUCGCAAUUCCUUCUCGAUUUUCAAACCAUAUAUAUAUAUUAAAAUGCAAUCAACACAACACCACACCACACACGUAUAUAUAUAAGUUGCGGGCACAACAGCUGUCAUAUGAGCAAGCACACAGUGGAAGAGAGAGUAGUUCAUUUUACAUGAGGAACACACAGUCCUGAUGUAUUUAUUAUCAAAGUAGAAGAUAAAGACAUUAUGUUCUGGUGGGUCAUCAUCAGUCUUGUGUAGGAAGACCAUUCUGGGUCCAGGCAGAAUAGCCACCGGCGAUAUCUUUGACGCCCGUGAAACCCUGCAGUAAUUCCCAAAUAGUACUAAAACUAAGAUCACAAGAUAAGCUUCAAAGUUAGAAAGAGUUUUGUUGGGAUGUGUUACAGCAUCAAGAAGCUCAGCCGUG